AUGUAUGUCAGCGAGCCCAUACAGCAUAAAACUAUAGUGAAAAUCCGAGAAGGCUUUGAGCCUCCAUUGAUCCUUUUGCAUGCGCGAUUACAGCUGGACCUGGUGGUGAUAGGUGGAUAUGGAACCGUGAAGGCAUUUUGGCCUCUCAAACACGUUUUCUCCACUACACUAUGGGCAAUUCAAGUUACACCAGACACGCCUCUUCAGUCGUUAGAGGCCCAAGUAGCGUUUUAUUAUAGAAGGAUCAAGGAGGAACAAGCAAAUGGUCCUUAUCGCAUAUGCUCUUUUUCCGCCAGCAGUCUAAUGGCAGUGGCCAUUACCAAACUUCUCGAGAAAGGCGGAGAUAGGGUGGAACAACUCUCAUUUAUUGACCACUUCCCCACAACGUUCAUUGCCUCACAACUGGGAGUAGAUAUUUCGCGGAUCCCUUUGACAGACCCGCGAGCACGACAGGAAUUCUUCAAAGCGAGCGUCAACAAUCUGGUUGGUAUGACCCACGGUGAUAGAAGAGGACAGGACUCAAAGCGACAUCAAAUGGCCAACGAUCUUUAUGCUGCGUACAAUGGACUUCCUACAUCCGAGUUCAUGACAAGGUCAAAAGGAAUUAUGGACGGCUUUUUAAACCGCAUAUUUGACUUCAUUUUGUCAAUCCACCAAGAAUCCCUUCGCAAUGGGCACGGUGAUCAAAACCGGAUGGAGUUUAUGCAAAACUGGCUGAGAGAGGUUAAAGCGCCGGUCAGCGUCUAUUUGGGUACCUACGGCAUGCUUAGCAUGUACUCCCCGGACCAGUAUCCGCCCGCUGAGUGGUAUGUUUAUCAGUGCUUCAAAGAUGUGAAGAUAACUGUGUUGGAUGCCGGCCACUACGAUAUUUUGGAGAGCGAAGGGCUGAUCAAGGGACUCCAGGAAAAAUAUCUCCAACCCCGUGUAGCACGACUUUAG